UUUGUCGUAGCUGAACGUGGAUCGUCGAGCGAACACAUUAAAACCUUCUUUGCUGUGGUUCGUUACACGGCGUGCGCUUCCUCGGAAGGUAAACAUACAGUUCUUACCACAUUUUAACACAGCAGCACGGUUUCGGGAUGGCAGGGGAAGCCAGGAACGCGGAGGUGCCCGAAGACGUGGAGACGGACGACUGCCUGACCAGUUACUCGUACAUCUACAGCCCGGACCUCCUGAAGGACAAAGUGGCUUUCGUAACUGGCGGGGGGUCUGGAAUUGGAUUCAGGACUGCGGAAAUCUUAAUGAGACACGGCUGUGAUGCAGUGAUUGGCAGCAGGAAUCUGGAGAAGCUCAUUCAGGCUUCUAAGAAGCUGACAGCCGCCACGGGACGCCACUGCCUUCCUCUGGCUCUUGAUGUACGGCAGCCAGAGACGGUCAUCGCCGCCAUAGAAGAGGCGCUUAAGGAGUUUGGGAAAAUUGACAUUCUCGUUAACAAUGCUGCUGGGAAUUUUCUUUGCCCUGCUACGUCACUGUCCUUCAACGCAUUUAGGACAGUGAUGGAGAUCGACACCAUGGGAACAUUCAACACAAGCAAGGUGGUCUAUGAGAAGUGGUUCAAGGAUCAUGGAGGCUGCAUUGUCAACAUCUCUGCCACACUAGGCUACAGGGGCCAGGCCCUCCAGGUGCAUGCUGGAUCUGCCAAGGCAGCCAAUGAUGCCAUGACAAGACAUCUGGCUGUGGAGUGGGGUCCAAGUGGAGUGCGGGUCAACAGCCUGGCACCUGGGCCAAUUUCAGGGACAGAGGGAUAUCGCAGGCUGGGAGGUCUGAGUGCGCAGACCAGUGGUAUGUUUGAGACCAUCCCCCUGCAGCGUGCUGGAAGUAAGACGGAGAUGGCCCACGGCGUGCUGUUCCUGGCAAGCCAGGCCUCCUCGUACGUGACUGGUGCCUGUCUGGUAGCUGAUGGUGGAAGCUGGCUCACCUCGGCCAACAGUCUGCCCGCACUCCUGGGUAUAACAUCCUCCAAAUCUGCUAAACUCUGAGUCUGCUCACAUCUCAGAUUAUUGGUCAUCUGGAUUGAAGAAAGACAAGUAACACACCAAAGGGAUUCUCAGUGAUGGCAAGAAACAUGGAAGAGAUAUAUUUGCUGAUGUAACUGAAUCACAGUAAUAAUCAGUUAAAAGGGAUAAGAUGCUCCAAUAUGGAGCACAUCUGUCUGGAAUGACUCCUCUUUUGUCAGCUCAUCAGUCUGUGAAGGUUUUCAUUUCAUUAUUGAAAAAGCCUGAGAUCUAAUUCAUCCAUUAAUUUGUUUAUUUGAUACUUAUUCAUUUAGCUGAUGCUUUGGACAAAAGUAACUAACAAUGUU